UUCGAGCAAAAUGGCUGCUUCCGGCAGUUUCAUCCGCGUUGCGACGCGCACGUGUUUACUUUGUGUUGUGGAGUAAAUCGUUUUUCUCAAUCAAGAGUAAAUUUAUAUCUUAAAUCAUGGGUAAACCAGGAUUUUCGCCAAGAGGAGGAGGUGGUUUUAGAGGUGGAAGAGGAGGAGGUGAUCGUGGCUCUGGAGGUGGUUUUAAGGGCGGACGUGGUGGUAGUGGCGGUGGUGGCAGAGGAGGAUUCCGAGGUGGAUCAGGUGGUCGAGGAGGUGGAACUCCAAGAGGAAGAGGAGGUCGUGGAGGAAGAGGAGGAGGAGGAGGAGGUAAAGGAGGUUUUAAAGGAGGAAAAACAGUUAUUAUCGAACCCCAUCGACAUGAAGGUGUAUUUAUCGCAAGAGGGAAAGAAGAUGCCUUGGUUACAUUAAAUUUAGUACCUGGUUCAGAAGUAUACGGUGAAAAAAGAAUAAGUGUAGAGGGCGAAAACAGUGAAAAAAUUGAAUACAGAGUGUGGAAUCCAUUCAGGUCUAAACUGGCUGCAGCCAUUCUUGGAGGAGUUGACCAAAUUCAUAUGCCUCCUGGAAGUAAAGUUUUAUAUUUAGGAGCUGCUUCAGGAACUACAGUUUCUCACGUUGCUGACAUCGUUGGACCGGAAGGUUUGGUGUAUGCGGUGGAAUUUUCACACAGAUCUGGUAGAGAUUUAAUCAAUGUAGCUAAAAAAAGGACGAAUAUCAUUCCAAUCAUUGAGGAUGCUAGACAUCCACAUAAAUAUAGAAUGUUAGUAGGAAUGGUUGAUACGAUUUUUGCGGAUGUAGCCCAACCCGAUCAGGCUAGAAUAGUUGCUCUCAACGCACAAUAUUUCCUCAAAAAUGGUGGACAUUUUGUGAUUUCUAUAAAAGCAAGUUGCAUAGACUCGACAGCACAACCUGAAGCUGUAUUUGCAGCAGAAGUGAAGAAACUUAUUGCUGAUAAGUUGAAACCUCAAGAGCAAAUCACUCUUGAACCUUACGAAAGAGAUCAUGCAGUAGUUGUAGGAGUUUUUAGGCCUCCACCUAAAAAUGCUGUUUAAAUUUAUUUCUAAUAUUUAAGUUCAAAGAUAAUUUUUUAUUUUAAGUGAUUUGAGAGAAUGAAAAAAAAAUUAAAGUAGUUAAGUUUCCUAUUUGGAAACAGUAUUUUUUCUAAUUGAAAGAAGUUUUCAAGUCUUACAUAAACUUAUCACAUAUUUUCUACAAAAUAAAGUUUGUAUCAUAUUGUAAAAAUUGAUAUUUUACAUCUUUUGAUGCUCUAUAAUAUCAAGAAUUGAAAUUUUUCUAUAUCAUA